UACAAGCAAGCCUUCCAAGUCGUAUAUUUAGGGCGACGCGCAAGCGCGAUCCGAUUAAAACUCCGCUGAAGACUUGUAGUUUAAGCUUCUCCGAAUUCUCUGUCUCGUGUGUCGCGUUUCCAACAGAUCUCGUGUAACUGCAAACAAUAAUACCUCCCGUCUAUUAAAUUUUUAUGUUUAAAAACACCAAAGUGCACGAAUUAAAAAUUUCAACGUUUAUAACGUAAAAAUCAUGCCGAGAUAAGCCGGAUGGUGACAUUUAAGAGCAAAAAUAAAGGUGACCUCUCGAAAUAAAAUAGUAAUAAAGACCGGAAAAUAAAGAUUUAAACGACUGAUUUAUCGGGGAGAGAAAAUAGACCGUGUAUACGCGAAGGAAACUACCUAAAGUUAAACGUCUUGAUUUUGAUCGAACGUCAAAAGAAGCAGCACCAUGGAUCUCGGUGGUGUGGACGUUUGGGGUCAGAUUGCCCUGGAAACGUCUCAGAUGUACGUUUCUGAGGGUGGUGCCGCUAAAAGCCGUACUACGAUCGAAAAGCUGCCGGACAAAGUUCUUCUAAACGUGUUUUGCUACCUCUCGCACCGCGAGAUAUGCAGGGUGGCUCGCGUUUGCAAACGCUGGCGACAAAUCGCGUACGACACGCGUCUGUGGAAGCACGUGUCCCUAAGACCAGAAGUAAGCGGGCUUCACGUGAGCUCCCUGGAAAAUUUGUUACACUUAAUCAGCGUACGUUUUGGACCUUCGUUGAGAUACAUCGAAUUACCGAUCGAACUGAUCACUCAUACGGUUCUUCACGAAUUAGCCAAUAAGUGUCCAAAUUUAACGCACAUGUUAUUGGACUUUUCGACCGCGAUGCAACUGCACGACUUCUCCGAGAUGCAAGCGUUUCCUACGAAGUUGAAAUACAUGUGCAUUUGCUUGUCGGAAGUAAUAUUUAUGGAAGGAUUCAUGCGUAAGAUUUACAACUUCAUUAAUGGACUGGAGAUACUUCAUUUAAUCGGGACAUAUGAAAAGGUCGAAGAGGAAGAAGAGGAAAUUUACGAAGUGAUCAACGUGCACAAGUUGAAAUCGGCGACGCCGAAUUUAAGGGUGAUCAAUUUGUACGGGAUCAACUUCGUAGAUGAUUCGCAUAUCGACGCUUUUUCCUCUAAUUGCAUCCAAUUAGAAUGCUUAGCCGUGAAUUUCUGUGCCAAAGUGACCGGUUCGACUAUGAAGACCCUCUUCCAAAGGAGCAGAAGAUUGACGUGCCUUCUUAUGCAAGGAACAAAUCUGCAGAGUGAGUACGUAAUGCAAGUUGAGUGGGAGAAAUCGAGUAUCCAGGAGCUCGACAUUACCGCUACCGAUCUGUCGACGGAAUGCCUGAUCGACAUGCUGACCAGAAUCCCUGGAUUACGCUUCCUGAGCGCCGGACAACUGAACAGCUUCAAUGAUAAUGUCCUGAAGGCCUGGGCCGAGCUUGGGAAUACGCGGAACCUGAUAGCCCUGGAUCUGGAUAGCUCCGACAAUCUGAGCGACGACGCCCUGCACAAGUUCCUGUCGAGGCACGGCCAUCAGCUGUACGGCCUCGCGCUGUCAGGCAUGCCGCAUAUCACUGACCAACUUUGGCAAAGCGUGCUGCCAAUUCUCACCAACGCAAGAAUACUUGUGAUGGGCACUCAAGAGAGGCUGGGCGUCAACAUUCACGUGGAUCAAUUGAUGGAUGGAAUCGCCAACAAUUGUCCCAAUUUGGAGCGUCUGGAGUUGCGGUGGGACCCGGAAAACUUGCGAUUCUCGGACAAGAGUCAGAAAGCCAUCGAUGUUCUACGUGUGAAGUGUAUCAAGAUGAAAUGUUUGAGUCUAAGUGACGGAAGGUACUAUGAAAUCGUCAAAGCGAAUUUCGAGCGAGCUGACAGGCUUACGGUCGUAAGAACGAUCACUUGUUGUAGAGUUUCGAAUUACUACCUCUUGCAAAAUUAUAAAGAUCUGAUUUUUAAUUGA